AUGCAGCGUCAAAAAGCACAACAAUGGGCAGAUGCCAACGGUUAUCAAACCCUGACGACGGCCAUGGGAUCCUUGAGGACUCUGGAAACUUCAAAGAAGGGGAAAAAAAGGAGCAAGUUCAUGAAGGGCGCAUCGGCUAUUUUUUCGUGGUUUAUAUCUCAAGGCGACUGGGUGGGAAUACUACUACCGCUACCUCCUAACCAGUUUCAUCCCUCCGGCUCGACCAGCUUGCAGGACUUUGAGAUUCCCAUCGUGAAAGGCCUGCUCAGGACCGGGUGUGUUCGGACGAUUGACGUUUUCCACCCCGAAGCAGCAACUGAGGAGGCGAGGACUUCAUCACACCAGUUCUGGCCGCGCGACGAGACCAGGUCUUGGAUUCGGCGUUUCGGAGCCGGCACCAAGGCUAGGUCCUGGAGGGCUGUGAAAACGGGCGUCGGUAUGCUGCGCUACCGUUGUGAAAUAUGGAAAUUCGGUUUGUGCGUCAGCGCUGAUCUUGAAUGUUCAAGAAUCGCUCGGCCAGGCCUUGCGAAGGUUGCCACAGUGUUCUGGCACCAAUGCACCAAGCGCUCCGAACGCGAGGCAAAUCACCUCUCAGUUCUCAAGCGCCAACUCUCAGAGCCAGCCGGCGACGAAGAAGAAGAAAAACAAGAAGAAGAAGAAGAGGAAGAAGAACAAAGGGAGUCAAAACAAAAGCAAAACCACCGAAGCGGUUCCCGAGACUCCUUUUCGGCUUUACGAUGCUGA